CUCUAGACUUAAUAAAUCAAAUAAAUAAAUCAGUCUCAGUUUGAAUCAAAAUUAACUAACACUCAAAAUUUAAAAAAAAUAUGUUCUUUCGCUCCUUAAAAACUUCAAGGCUCAACUGGUGUAUGAUAAUCAAACGUCUCAAAUCAAACAAAUUCCAAAUAGAUCCCAAGGUUUUGGAACAACUAGAUGAAGGCUACGCAAAACUCAAGUCAUCGAAUUCAAAGUCAUUACUUAAAAAACAUUUAACUCCGGAAAUUUUUAAAGCUUUGCGAACAAAAACAACCAAAAGUUCAACCCUCUUGGACUGCAUUCAAUCUGGUCUGGUAAACCAUGACUCUCUGUGUGGUGUUUAUGCUCCAGAUGCUGAAGCCUAUAAAGUAUUUUCUGCCCUAUUCGAUCCAAUAAUCGAGGAAUACCAUUGUGGAUUUAAGAAAACAGAUAAGCAUCCUUGUUCGAAUUUCGGAAAUCCAUGUGUUUUCGGUGAUCUUGAUCCGUUUAAGAAUUACAUUGCCUCAACUCGUAUACGAUGCGCACGAUCUAUCAAAGGUUAUCCAUUCCUUCCGCGUAUGUCAAAACAAGAUUACGAUGAUGUCGAGGAUAUAAUCCAUUGCACUCUAUCUGGCAUGGAUAUGGAGUAUAAGGGUGUAGUACAUUAUUUGUAUGGCAUGAAAAAAUCCAUUCGAAGUAAACUUACCAAGGAUCAUCUGUUGUAUAAGCCUGAUGAUCGUUUCUUGAAAGCAGCCAAUGGUUGUCGCUUUUAUCCAACCGGUCGUAGUCUCUAUCAUAAUUUUGAUAAAACAUUUCUAGUAUGGCCCAAUGAGAAGGAUCAUCUUCGUAUGAUAUCGAUGCAAAGGGGUGGGAAUUUAACAGAAGUGUUCAGUCGAUUGGUAAGAGCCCUCAAUGCUAUGGAGGGUAAAAUUCCUUUUGAACACGACUAUCAUUUGGGUUAUUUGACCUUUUGUCCAACUGAUCUGGGUUCAACAAUUCGUGCCUCAGUACAUAUACGAUUACCAAAAUUGUCCUCUAAUAAGAAGAAACUUGAAGAAAUCGUCAAAAAGUACAAGUUACAGAUACGAGGAACUAAUGGAGAGCAUACCGAUGUAGAAGAUGGUAUUUAUGAUAUAUCAAAUAAACGACGACUUGGCCUAACUGAAUAUCAAAUUGUGAGAGGAUUCGGUAAAGCAAUCUCAGAGAUCAUAAGGCAAGAGAAAGCUGCAAAGGGGAACACGAUCAGCGAACGUAAAACUAGCGACAAAAAAGUUCAAAUAAAAAAGGGGAACAAACAAAAAUCAUAAAAUUUAAGCUUACAAAUAAAAUAAAAUAAAAAAAGAGCAAAUGAGACAAAGUUUAAUUCUCACAUUUUA